AUGUCGGCGGAGAAUCUAACGACUGACUAUGACCCAGCUUUAUACGAGAAGCUCUACUACCUUCAGCCGGAAGAGCUCGCGUUCUUCCGGGCGCAGACUGGCAUCAAGGAUGAGGAAGAACUCAAGCGCCACAUCAUGAGCGUCCAGGCGGAGGCUCUGAAGGUUACCCCGUACACCUGCAUCAGAGCUUUUGCCUUCACGAAGCUCGUCGCCAGCCGUCUUCCUGCGUACGACCAGGUUGUCAAACUUGGGAAGGAGCGCAAGGGCGCCAUCCUGCUUGACAUAGGAUGCUGCUGUACGUACCUCGUUGAAUCUGCCCUCUCAGUCGGAGUUGAUGUUCGGAAGGCAGUGGCGGAUGGCUUUCCCGUCGAGAACGCCAUUGCGUCAGACCUGCACCCAGAAUAUUGGGACCUCGGCCACAAGCUGUUCAGAACUACAGCGGAGGAAUUCCCCGCCCACUUCGUGGGCGGUGAUGCCUUCGACUCGGCUUUCUUCGAGGGCAGCCCGAUCUUAGACACCCCACCGACCACACCCCCGCCCGCGCUCGCCGCCCUGAGGACACUCAGCCCGUUGAAUGGGCACGUCUCCGCGAUCCAUGCGUCUUCGUUCUUCCACCUCUUCAAUGAGGAGCAGCAGCUCGAGCUCGCACGCAAGCUCGCCGGGCUGCUCUCGCCCGUGCCCGGGUCCAUGAUCGUGGGCGUGCACGCCGGCCAGCCGGAGAAGGGCCCGUGGCUGGAACGGCGCACGUUGCGGUCGGGGACGCAGAUGUUCUGCCACUCGCCGGAGAGCUGGGAGGAGCUGUGGGACGGGGAGGUGUUCGAGAAGGGAAAGGUGAGGGUGGAGGUAGUCCUGCGGGUGGCGAAGGAUAUGGUUCAGAUGGACGUCUCGAAAUCAUGGGUCGAGGCGGCCCAGCGCGCGGAGCUGCCGGGAACUGUCAACUACCAGAUGCUGGUGUGGUCUGUUACGAGGUUGUGA